AUGCUCCGCCGGUUCCAGCGCCUGUCGGCCGUGCGCUACUCGACCAAGCCGGUCUUCGCCUUCAACUCGUCGGCCGAGUACCGAGCGUACUUGGAGACCCACCACACGCGGCUACCGUGGGGCUUCUCUGUCGGGAGCUCGCAGUUCCAGUUUACGCCGGCGGAGGCGCCGCAUCUGCCGGCGACGAUGACGCUGACGCUCAUCAAGCCGCACGUGCCCACGCCGCUCUUUGGCGCCGUGUUCACGCAGAACGCAUGCCCCGGGGCGCCGAUCAAGGUGGGCCGCAAGCGCCUCGACGAGGAGAAGCUCGGUGCGAUCAUCGUCAACAAUAAGAUCUCGAACGUCUGCGCCAGCGGUGGCGGCGUUGCCGACGCGCAAGAGAUCUGCGAGGCUAUCGCCGAUCACCUGGACCUGCCGAGCGGCAAGAUGGUGCUACCGAGCUCGACGGGUGUCAUUGGCUGGCGCCUCCCGGUCGAUGCAAUGAUCGAGCACAUUCCCGAAGUCGUCGAAUCGCUGCAAGACACGAGCAUCUACCCCGCCGCCAGCGGCAUCAUGACGACGGACUUGUACCCCAAGAUUCGAUCGGCGGACGUCUGCGGUGGCCGCAUCGUCGGCAUUGCCAAGGGCGCCGGCAUGGUCGAGCCCAACAUGGCUACGAUGCUCUCGUACAUCCUCACAGAUUUGGCUGUGCCCCGGGACACGCUGCGCGCGCUCCUCUCCGAGGUCGUCGAGAAGACGUACAAUGCGAUGAGCGUCGACACGGACGAAAGCACGUCCGAUACGCUGGCGAUCGUCUCAUCUGGUCAGAUCCCAUUCGACGAAGCGACGCAGCUCGAGGCCUUUCGCACCGCCUUAUACGAGGUCUGCGGCGGCCUCGCGGAGGACAUUGUGCGCAACGGUGAAGGCGCCCACCACGUCAUGCGCGUGCGCGUCAAGGGCGCGGUCGACGAGGUCAUGGCCAAGGGCGUCGGCAAGUCGAUCGUCAACUCGCCGUUGCUCAAGUGCGCAGUGGCUGGCAACGACCCGAACGUCGGCCGCCUUGUCAUGGCAGUCGGCAAGUACAUGGGCAAACACCACAAGGGCGUCGCAGUCGCCGACUCGAUGAGCAUUUCCAUGGGCGGUCUCCGCAUCUUUGAACACGGCGAGUUUGCCCUCAAUGGCGACGUCGAAGCGCUCCUUGUGGGCCACAUGAAGCGUGCGCAGCUCACCGAGCCGACGCGUGGCGGCCUCGAAGUCGCGUCGCACGACUACCCGCCGCACGACCACUGUGUCGAGAUCACGGUCGACCUCGGGCUCGGCCAAGCCGAGAGCACCGUCCUCGGCAUCGACUUGACGCACGAGUACGUGGCCAUCAACGCCGACUACCGGUCGUAA